UCCGAUCAUCCCCAAAUCAGCGGAAAACUUCACUCACUCGGAAGAAAUCAAGAACUCGAUCUCGAUCUUUUAGAGAGAGAGAGAGAGAGAAUGGGAUCUGAGCCAACGCGAAUCUUAAUGGGAGUGAACGAGUCAUCGAUCAAGGGCUACCCUCACGCGUCGAUCAGCAGCCGGUCGGCGUUCGAGUGGACGAUCGAGAAGAUCGUGCGAAGGAAUGUCGACGGAUUCAAGCUCCUAUUCGUUCACGUUCAGACCCCUGAUGAAGACGGAUUUGAUGACAUGGACAGCAUCUAUGCUUCACCUGAAGACUUUGAGAGGAUGAAACGAAGGGACAAAACUAGAGGACUGCACUUGCUGGAGUACUUUGUUAGACGUUCUCAUGAAUAUGGGAUUGCUUGCGAAGCAUGGAUCAAGAGAGGCGAUCCAAAAGAAGUAAUCUGCAGCGAGGUGAAGAGAGUUCGUCCUGAUCUUCUGGUCGUUGGAAGCCGUGGGCUUGGACCAUUCCAGAGCUGCUACGUGAAAGUUCAAUAUCCAAGAGCCUUGUAUUAUUAUGUGCAGAUAGCUUUCCUGAUCGAAUGUUACAUUGCAUUUAAUCUAAAAGAAUAGGGUAUUUGUCGGCACCGUGAGUGAGUUCUGUGUGAAGCAUGCAGAUUGCCCUGUGAUCACCAUUAAACGAAAGGCAGAAGAAGCUCCACAGGAUCCAGUCGACGAUUGAUACCCUCUAUUACCCAAAAGCUGAAAAACCUUUGUUGUAAUUGGUAAUGUACUAGAAGACACCACAUAUUACAAGACAGCAAUGCAAUAAAUAUCAAAGACUAGAGUGAGAAACAGUUGAUGGAUGAGAUGCAAGUCAUGUAUGAUAUCAAAACAGAGCUUGUAAUCUUGUUCUAACUUCUAUCAUUUGCUUGAUUUUGCUCCUUUGAGCUUUCCAUCUCGAGUAGCUCCAGCAUCCUCAAAACCACCAUGCUCUACAUCACGUACAGCCUGAGUAUGGAUGACUUGAGAAGGCUUCGGUUUGCAGAGCCUGCGAGCACAGAGGCGGCUGAUGAUGCAUGCAAUGAUGGCGACGACGGUGAUCACUGCCAGAACAAUGAAGACUGGACCGAACGACCCUUUUGAGCUCGAGGAUGGCUUUGCUGAGGUGGUUGAAUGUGGAUAGGCUACCAGAGGCUGGGGGAGGGAGGACAUGCUUUCCUUCUUCUCUAGGUCAGAUGACUUGAAGAUGGAUUUAUGCUUUGGUUUUAUGUUUGUUUGUGUUUUUGCCUGUCAGGAUUUGCUUUCAGUGCGGUUUAAAGCAAUGCGGUUUAAAGUGAUGCAUUAGAUGCCGUGGGUUGGGCCGGAUGCUUGCGCUUUUGGUCAAGAAUUUGAGGCUUUGUAGUGCUUUGAUGCUAGAGAAAGUGUGAGCUUUGGUUUCCUUUGGAGUUGGCUGAGAAUCAUAUUCUGUCAUGCUUUAAGUUUUGAAUGAUUAUGGUAAUUAAAAGAAAAAGAAAAAAAGAAGCUGUUGUGAAACGCGAA